AGUAAGGAUGGUACAGAAAAAGUAAAAAAUACAGUCUCAUCUAAGUAUCCGUGUCCUAUGUAAAUAUAACUGGGCUUAGAAUAAAAAUCACACAAGAAUUGCCAAGUAUCCACAAUGUCACAUAAUGUUUCUUAGACCACAUAACAUUUCUAAGAUGAGAUCUUUUGGGGUUCUGUCCUAAUAAUACUACAAUAAAUAUCAGACUGAUGACCUCAAUUUUUACAGAAGACUGUGGAGAUACUAGCAAAGGGCAUGACUACAAACAGCUCCCUUGCUUUCCUCCUCUAGGUUGCAAAGAGAAAAUGCAAGCCACUGCUAAUAUCACCACCGCCAGUGUUGCCCCUGCCGCUGGGAACAGCAGCCAGUGCAACAGAGACUACAAGAUCACUGAAGUCCUGUUCCCACUGCUCUACACUGUCUUGUUUUUUGUUGGACUCAUCACAAACAGCCUAGCAAUGAGAAUUUUCUUUCAAAUCAACAGUAAAUCCAACUUCAUUAUUUUUCUUAAGAACACUGUCAUUUCUGAUCUUCUCAUGAUUCUGACUUUUCCAUUCAAAAUUCUUAGUGACACCAAACUAGGCCCCAGGCCUCUAAGAACCUUCGUGUGCCAAGUCACCUCUGUUGUGUUUUAUUUCACAAUGUACAUCAGCAUUUCAUUCUUGGGACUGAUAACUAUUGACCGAUACCAAAAGACCACCAGGCCAUUUAACACUUCCAGCCCCAGCAAUCUCUUGGGAGCUAAGAUUCUGUCUGUUGUCAUCUGGGCCUUCAUGUUCUUACUGUCUCUGCCUAACAUGAUUCUUACCAACAGGAGGCCACAAGACAUUAAUGUGAAAAAAUGCUCCUUCUUCAAGUCAGAGUUUGGUCUGGUCUGGCACGAAAUAGUCAAUUACAUCUGUCAAGUAAUUUUCUGGAUUAACUUUUUAAUUGUCAUUGUAUGUUAUACCCUCAUUACAAAAGAACUCUACAGGUCAUAUGUAAGAACAAGGGGUACAGGCAAAGUUCCCAGGAAAAGGGUGAAUGUCAAAGUUUUCAUCAUCAUCGCUGUGUUCUUCAUUUGUUUUGUUCCUUUUCAUUUUGCCCGAAUUCCCUACACCCUGAGCCAGACCCGAGAUGUCUUUGACUGUGCUUCUGAGAACACUCUGUUCUAUGUGAAAGAGAGCACUCUAUGGCUAACAUCUUUGAAUGCAUGCCUAGAUCCAUUCAUCUACUUUUUCCUUUGCAAAUCCUUCAGAAAUUCCUUGACAGGCAUGUUAAAGUGCCCCAAAUCUAAAACAUCUUUAUCCCGAAAAAACAGGAAGAAAGAGCAGGGAAGUGGUGACCCAGAGGAGACGCCAAUGUAAAAAAUUACCAGCGGAACUGCUGCUUUCUGCUGGAGUUCAGACUCCUUAAAAGAAAGCAUUAUGUAAAUAUAUUAACAAUAACUUAGAAAUAUCUGAGGCAAUUAAAAUUGCUCUUGAAACAAGGGAUAUAUGCUUAUGUAAGUAUAAAAAUGGUCCUAAAAUGCAGAAAAACUGUCUAGCUCUGUAAAACUGUGUCCCAUAACUAUGCUCCAUGCCAAAUGACAUGGAAUUCCUGAUUUUCAGAGUUGGCACAAAGGGCAAUCACAAAAUGACAUGAAAUUCCUGAUUUUAAAAGUUGGCAAAAUGGGCAAUCACAAAGUUGCAAUUCUUUAAAGGCACAUUAGUCACAAUCUUGUUUUCUUUACUGUCAGCUGAGAAAAAUGAUCAUUUUGAUAACAUCUAUCCAAAACAAUACUAAGAUACUAUACACAUCCUAGCAGCCAAACCAAAUCCUCGCUGAUUGAUAUAUAAAUGUAUAUAAGUUUGUAAGAUGUUGUUCUUGGGAUAUACCAUGUAUACAAAGUAAAAACUACUACAAAACCUCAAAGAUGUACAAAGUACAAAUUAAUUGCUACAAAACUCUCAAAGAUUUAAGCUAAAUGAAAUGGUAUUUAAUGGUGGAGUUUAUUUUUUAUCAUUAAGGUGAUUAUGAUUUUUAAAAUACCA